UUCUUCAUGUCUCUGACAUUUGUUCACGAAUGCCUGCUCACUCAACGCCUCUCUCUGACAUCUUUUUGUUUUUUUAUUCUUCAGCAGCUGUGCGUGGCUGUCACAGAGUGACGGAGCUGCCAUCUCUGUGGAGGAACAACUGAUCCCUGACAAAGGUUCCCCAACGCUGACCAGGAGCGCUCAUAUGUCAAGGCAGGGCUGCAAGGACACUAGCUCAGUUUCCAUUUAAAAAUGUCAUGUGAGACACCAGGGCUUCACAGCAUUCUUCUGUAAAUGUGAAGACGAGGAAUGGAAGAAAGCUAUGAAACAUUUGAGGAGGAGUUGGGGCCAUCGAGAGCAGAGCCUCCUCCACAGAAGCCUGUUCGACAGAUACGCAGACCAGAAACGUAUGCUCCAAGAAAAAUGCGAGAGGACAUGAUGCCGGUUUCACAGCAGAUAAGAUCAGAACCCAAGACUUUACCUAAACAGCCCAGUUUCCCCUCACCAGCAUCCCUGGACAAAAGCUUAUCCAUCCAGAGCCUCACUCAGGUAGAAACGCCAUGGGAGAGCGUCACGCUCAACCGCUGCCUGUUUGUGGCCAUAACCAUUCUGGUGCUCACAUCAGGCUUCCAGAGACUAAGCGAGACUAUUCGUGGUCAAAAACCAGUUGAUGAGGAAGAGGAUGGACUUAUGAGAAGACCUUUGCAAAUGGUAAACAACAGAGGGCAGCCACUACAGCCAGAGAAAUCUCUGUGGGAAGUCAUGUUUUGGUGGCUGCCUGACUUGGACGAUGAUGAUGACGAAGAUGAUGGGAUCCGAAAAGGAAGAUCAAAGAGAGGAGCCAUUACGACAAAAGCAAGGACCCACAGAAACAGGCCGUUUCCUGGCAAAAAACUCCUGAAGCAAAGAGAUGGUAAAUUAAAGGACAGGAGAGCCAGGAAAAGGAUGAACAAAGAUUUCAAAGACGAGGAAACGGUGAAAACAGCAGACAUGGAAGUAGCAACAGAGGAAAGGAAGGAAGAAACGACUCCUAACAAAAUCAAAAGUUUGGCAAAAAAGAAGGAAAAGAAACAAACGAAUGAAGAAUCAAACGAGAGCUAAAUAUGAAAACUGUAUGUCUUCUUAAUAUUACUUUCCCCUCAACUGUGCAUUAAGAAAUGACAGAAAAGGAUCAUAAUGGAAUAAAAUCAGUUUGUCACUUCAAAUAUGUGAUUUUGCUUUAAAAUUUUACAAAACUUAGUUUUAAAUUGGGGUUUAU